AUGAAUAACGAAGAACAGCGUGCGACGGCAACAAUCGAAUCAUUAUCAACUGUCCAUGAUGCAUUCGAACAGCCCCUUGGAACUCCACCAUUGAUUGGUUUGCAACAAUCGACUGACCAUGGACUUUGGGAUAAGUUCGGUUUUACAAGGAAUCAGAAACAUCGUUUAAGAACUGUUGUUUCAGAAACAUACAAUCAUUUCUGUUUUAGUAUCACCUAUAACACCAAUACUGAGAAUGCAAUUAUCGACAUGAAUGACGAUAUUCUGACGUUGAACAUACCGCCAAUGGAUUUUGAGCGAACAACAAGUGAAAAUUUCGCUGAUAUUGUAUUAUCACAACUUGAUAACCGAGAUGAAAAUUUCUCUGGUGGUUGUGGUAUUGACGCAUUAAAUGAAAUAAAUAUUGGUCCACUGAAAUCAGUAUCAAUUUCUGCUGCUAGACCGGAAGCUGAUCCACAUCAACUAGAAUUUGAUGUGACGGUGGAAGGACGACGUCAAAGUGCUUACAUCUUCAAAGGUCGCUCACUUUUUGCGAAGAUGAAUACCAAUGUCAUAUUUGCAGUGAAAUGUCCUAUUCCUCCUCCCCCAAAAUCGUUUAUCCGAAUUUGUGCCAUUUAUUCAGAUAACAUUUAUGCUCAUGUUCCAGUUCGUCGAUGCGAUUAUCAUCGUUCACGGGAUAGAAAUCAAGAAGAGCAUUUCUUAAUUGUGACCAAUAAUCCCAAAGCACAACAUCUAACGGAAAAAAUAGAAGACGAAGAAAGUUCCCGUUCAUUUGCAAUUGUGCCUUUCGACUCACUUUAUGCAAAUAAAUGCUUGAUGCUGCAAUUCCGGUGCUAUUCAUCUUGUGCUGGUGGUAUCAAUCGGCGGCAGGUGGUAUUGUGUUUUUCUUUGGAAAAUGGUGAUCGUUUACUUGGAGAAAGUAAGAUGCAUCUAAAAGUGUGUUCACUUCCAAGUCGAGAUGCAAAUUUGGAUGUUGCUAAUUUGCCACGUAACAAACGCCCACCUGCCAAACAUUAUCCGGCAGUUGCGGAAGUUGUUUCCGUUUCAACAAAAAAUACACCGCAACAUGCUUGGGACGAUGAUGAUACAAUUUACUCAUUGGAGAUUCGUGGAAGACAUCUGUAUAAAAUAGUUUGUGCUAUUGUCGGUAAUUUCGAAUUAACCAGAAGUUUGCUGAAGAAUAAGGGCCAAAGAAAUGAUAAAGACAUGUUGACAGUAAACGACAGCUCAGGCUCACUAUCACAGAAUACUCCCAUUGAUUCAUGGUUGAAUACGUUGGAAUUGUCGAAAUAUAAGCAUUUAUUUGCGGACCGGUCGUUUUAUGUAAUUGCUGAUCUGGAUGGUAUCAUCAGUAAAAUGUAUCUACUGUCGAUAGGUGUUACGGAAGACGAUGCGACAAAGAUGUUAAAUUCAUAUUUGGCUUGGUUCAGUAUUUUCAAUUCUCAGCGACUGAGCAGCUUGUCAUCUGAAGGUUCUACAAUUCGAGUGCAAAGGACUCGCGUAAGUGGUUCCCUUCAGAUGCCACAUUCAAAAUAG